GAGACGCGUCGGGUUGCUGGAUUCUUCUCUCCUCCCUCCAACCCCCCCUCCACACCCGAUGCCGCUUUCGCCAGGCGACCAGAAUAGUUUGACUCCGGCCCGCCGGACAGCCCCCCGAGGGUUCUAGACCCCCCCCCGAUGCACCUGGACGUUCUAGAACGUUGCAACUUCGUUCGGACGUUCCCUCUCUCGGCUGCCGACGGUGGACAUCCAUUCCCCUCCUCCUCCUCCUCCCGGGGACCUUCGUCUCCUUACCGCCGGAGCAAGUUUGGGGGAAGAGAGAAGAAGGGACGGGAGCCGACCGACCGACCGCUGCUUUUUCCUCUCCCGCGAUCGCGUUAAACGGGGACAACCAUGCUCGUCGCCGACUCGGAGAGUUGCGACCCCGCCGACGUCGAAGCCUAUUUGCCCUGCCAAGGCUGCGAAACUCUGAGACGUAAAAAGGAUAGAGGGAUAAAAAUCCCCCAGCAGCUGGGAAGAGGCCCCAGUUCUUUCAUCCCAGUGGAAGAGAUCCUACAAGAAGGAGUGGAAAGCGCCCAGCGACGGCUCUUCAUAGAAGCCUUUGUUUCAACGGGCAGAGUGGAUAACAUUACUAUGGUGAUGGGACUACAUCCAGAGUACCUGACGAGCUUCUGGAAGACUCAGUACCUCUUGUUGAGGAUGGAUGGGCCACUGCCGUAUCACAAGCGCCACUACAUCGCAAUCAUGGCAGCUGCCAGGCAUCACUGUUCCUACCUGGUUGGCUUCCACAUGGGAGAGUUUCUCCAGGUAGGAGGGGACCCAGCCUGGCUGCGAGGUUUGCAGUAUGCUCCGCAGAAACUCAGGAACCUGAAUGAGAUCAACAAGAUCCUCGCUCACCGGCCCUGGCUGAUCACCAAGGAGCACAUUGAGGCCCUGCUAAAAACUGGGGAAAACAGUUGGUCUCUAGCCGAGCUCAUCCAGGCCUUGGUCCUGCUGACACACUACCACUCGUUGGCUUCCUUCGUGUUCGGCUGCGGCAUCAAUCUGGAGCUUGACCAGGAAGCUGGGCACAUCUUCCGGCCACCUUCGCCACGCAGUUGCGACAGUAGCCCCAACUCGGAAGAUGGGACAAACAGUUCCAGUAGCAAUGAUGCUAUGGAGGAUGUGGAAAUGCUGAUGGAGAGGAUGAAACUGCUGCAGGAAUGCCAGCUGGAGGAAGAAAGUGUCACGCAGGAAGAGAUGGAGACCCGUUUUGAGAUGGAAAAGAGAGAGAGCCUACUUGUGACUCCCUCAGACAUUGCUGAACACUCCCUGCCCCCCAACGUCCUGUGCUUUGUGGAGGAUCCUGAGUUUGGCUACAAGGAUUUCACCAGGAGAGGAGAGCAGACACCUCCCACUUUCCGAGCCCAGGAUUAUACGUGGGAAGAUCAUGGUUACUCGCUUAUCAACCGGCUGUAUCCUGAUGUGGGACAACUGUUGGAUGAGAAAUUCCAAGUAGUGUAUAAUCUGACCUAUAACACCAUAGCUAUGCACAGUGGAGUGGACACAUCCAUGCUCCGAAGGGCUAUCUGGAAUUACAUCCACUGUGUCUUUGGCAUUAGGUAUGAUGACUAUGAUUAUAGGGAAGUGAACCAGCUUUUGGAACGUAGCCUGAAAAUCUACAUCAAAACCGUGGCCUGCUACCCGGAAAAAACCACUAAAAGAAUGUACACUCAUUUCUGGAGACAUUUCAAACAUUCAGAAAAGGUGCACGUCAAUCUGCUGCUUUUGGAGGCCCGCAUGCAGGCAGCCCUAUUGUAUGCUCUGCGUGCCAUCACCCGUUACAUGACCUGACUGGACUUCAUGGGCGAGGCAGCCUUGCUCCUGGACCAGGGAGCUUUCUUCCAAAGACCUGUUUCUGGAAUGUCUGGUGAAAAAAAAAAUCAAGUUACCUCACCUUCUACCUGCGGCUUUUUUUGGAAGCGUUUUGUACGGGGGAUGGACUUUUCAGUCACUCUGCCAAAAAGUGACACUGUGAGGCAGAGGCGGGUUUCAACGUGAACUGUUCCCUUGAUGUGUGAAGGAAACCAACCACUGUUCCAUUGUCAUUACCUGGGGAGCCAUCCGUGGUUUCUUGGUUUUGCCAACGGUGGCCCAAGGUUUUGGAGUUUGAUGCCGAGGUGGCCAGCUCUUGUACAAAAAUUUGAGAAGGUCUUGCCUCCCAUGCUGAUGUCUCUUGAUGAUUACCUUGGUGUGCACCAAAGUUGGAGAUGGCAGCAUUUUAAUGACUUGUGCAAUGAAUACCCUCUGCCCUGUCUACAUCUUCUUCUUCUUCUUUUUUUGCCAUGAAGACGGUCCUGAACCAGCUGAGGCAAAGAUCGCCAAAGAGAUUCCUCUUGCCGUAGACACGGGCUUUACUCUUUCUCUUUGGUCUCAACUUGCUACAGAACUCUGAAUGUAGAACUUUGAACAUUUCAAGCGGGUAACCCCUGAAGCUCUCUUAAGGCGAGGGAGUGGAGAUAUGCCCUGGGUGUGUAUGUGAUGAUGACAAUGUAUGUGCUGAAUUUAUAACAAGCUGGCCACUGGCAUAACUGGUGACUACACACUACAUUUCUUUCUUUUUUUCCCUAAGCUUCAGAUCACAAGAUCUUUGUGUUUCAGAUGUUCUCCUUGCGAAUGUGGAAAUCUCUCAGAGUGGGUGGUGGCUUGCAGACAAGGUCAAAUUAGAAAAAGAAUGUUGAUUUGUUAUUAGUCGGCUGGAAUAUUCUCUCCUCCUGUUGUUCCCACUCCAAAACAAGGCAGAAGAUUUAUCUUAACAUGUGAUUGAUUUCUCAGAUCAAAGAGGUAGCUUCAAGUUCACAACCAGGACAUUUGCUUUUGUCCUCUUUUUUUUGUCCUUGUCUUUUUCUAAGAAGAUUUUUUUUCCUCUGAUGUAAAGCUGUGUUGUUUGGCUGCUAUUAGAUCCCAUUAUCUCCUCUUGCUCAAGGGUUUGAGCUUUGGACAUUGUGAAACUCUUUAUCUUCUCUACAGUCCGCUCCCUGCUAUUCGGAAAGCUUAUAUUGAUGGCUCUAGAAACUGGGAAUUGUCAUCUUUCUCCAUCUGUCAAGCCCAUCUCCUUUUUGAUGAAACAGUCAUAACAUAGUCCAGACGACUUAGAAAUCUGGGGGGCUUGGAAGAGAGAUUGUUGAAUGUUUGUGGAGACUCUCAAUCAUCAUGGUUGCCAUAAAGGUGCUUUUCAACAGGCAACUGGACUUUGUUUUUGUUUUUUUUUAUCCCUUGAAAUUUAAAUUCAAGGAAAAAAAACAAAGUCCAGUUGCCUUUUGAAAAGCACCUUUGAGAUCUUCACCUGAUCUAUUCCAUGCACUGCAGAUUUAAGAAGUGGCCUGAAUAAUUUCAGAUUAUAGGUUCCAGUACUGCAAUUUAAGCUUCUUUCUUAUCAUUUAAAAAAAAUACCCUCUGUAAUAAAAUAAUUUAGCAUGAAAGUGGUGUGGUCCGCCAGCAACCUGUGGCGCUGGCAGCAGAGUUGGACAGUGAGAAGGUUGGGGAGGAACAUGGGCCAGUCCUGGAGUCUGGGGAAGGCUCGGAUGAAGGCUCUGCGUCGGAGGCAGAGAAAGGGCCAUCUGGGAGGUAUGUGCUGCCUCUGGAACCUCCAAAAUCGGACCUCAGCGAGGCAGAGGAACGGGGGAGCCUGUUCCCAGUGCACACAUGCGCAGAAGGCAAGAACAGUUAAAAGGGACAACUCAGGAGUAGGGCUUGGAGAUGAUUGGCUCCUCCCAUAAGAUUUAAAAGAGGAGCGAAAGCAGAUGGGCCUUUGCAGGAAGCAACAUUGUUAAUUUUGUGCAAUUUAAAGUUUGAAGCUCUGUUUGAUUCUGGAUUCCGUGUGGCUUUGCCAAUUAGGUCUUUGGCAGCGUGUCAAGGGAGAUAAAGGUGGGUGAUUAUCAGCCUUAUCCCGAAGGACUUUUUACAACUAUUUGGGACUCAUCUGUGAAUGAACAGAAUUCACAUUGAAAUAAAACAGGUUUUUGGGACUACUCUGUGUUUUACUGACUCAGGAAGAACUAGGUCAGAACAGAAAGAAGCUUGGCUUAGCUUCUCCCUUGUGCUAGACUAGAGUUUUAUUUGCAGAGAAUUUUAGACCUUGUUCCUAGAAGCCAGCCCGAGUUACCACUGCCUUGAGCAACUGACUCAUCCUCUUGAGGUAGCAGUAUGUGAUGACUGAGGCCAUGGCCCGAUGGGGAGUGGCCAAAUUUGUUUUUCCCCUAACUACCACUGAUAUUUGCUGUCCUCCCUAAGAUUGCUGCCCCAACAGAGUGAGCUUUAUUUGUCCGUAUCCCUUUCUCCCUUACUCUGCCCUGUUUGGAAGAGGUGGCAGGGGUGGGAUGGGGAGAGAGAAAUGAACCACUAGACCAGAGGUCUUCAAACUUGGCAGCUUUUAAGACUUGUGGACUUCAACUCUCAGAGAAUUCUGGGAGUUGAAGUCCACAAGUCUUAAAGCUUAAAGUCUUAAAGCUGCCAAGUUUGAAGGCCUCUGCACUAGACCAGGGGUCUCCAACCUUGGCAACUUUAAGCCUGGAGGACUUCAACUCCCAGAAUUCGAGAAUUCUAGGAGUUGAAGUCCACCAGCCUUAAAUUUGCCAAGAUUGAAGACCCCUGUACUAGACUGUUGUUUCCCAACUUUGGCAACUUUUAAGAUGCUGAUUCUGGAAUUCUGGGAAUUGAAGUCUGCGCAUCUUAACAUUUGCUAAGGUUGAGAAACACCGCCUUAACCUUUGUCUGUUUUGUCAGCCAAAUGGGAGACUGACCUUGCAUCAACCCUCUUGGUGCUCACUGAACAUAGCUUUGUGCUGGCUAACCUGAUCAUGUGAAGUCUCCACUGAGCUGCCAGGUCCCUACAUCUGACUGAUUGGAUUCCACUGCUUCGUGAAGCGCUCGCCCUGUGUGAGUGUGUGUGUGUGUGUAACAAGACCUUUGUUGGAAUGUUCAGUUGCAAAAUUACGAUCCCUAAACUGUAGUACAGCAGAUCACAGCUACUAUUAAUGAUACAGAGGUUUCUGUUACUGUCAAACCAGGGGUGAAAUCCAGCAGGUUCUGACAGGUUGUGCAGAACCGGUAGCGGAAAUUUUGAGCAGUUCGGAGAACCUGCAAAUAUCACCUCUGGCUGGCCCCAGAGUGGGGUGGGAAUGGGGAUUUUGCAGUAUCCUUCCCCAAGGAGUGGGGAGGGAAUGGGGAUUUUGCAGUAUCCUUCCCCCAGGAGUGGGGAGGGAAUGGGGAUUUUGCAGUAUCCUUCCCCCAGGAGUGGGGUGGGGAUGGAGAUUUUGCAGUAUCUUUCCUCUGCCACGCCCACAGAACCGACAGUAAAAAAAAUUGGAUUUCAUCACUGUAUCAAACGGAUCUUCUAAACUUCAUGCUCUAAUUAUCAUCAGGUUAUUAGCCACUAGAGAGUAGGAUGGGGAGGAUUUGAACUGUGAGUCUUUUUAUUCCCUCUCUACUACUGCGUCAAGCAAUAUUACAGAAGGUUCAUGUUUUAUUUAACUCAUUUUGCUGUCAAAGCUAGCAGUCCCCCUAAAAAAAGAAAAUUGCCCAUUAGGCUGAACAAAAAGGUGAUUGAGCUUGUCAAGCAAUUUCUCCUUCUUCCUGCUAUUAUUCACUCUUCCUACUCUGAGAAGGAAUGGAACGUCCAUCAUUUCAAAUGUUAGUACCUAGGAAUGGGAGGGUUUAAAAUAUUUUAUCCCAAUCCCAUGGACCUAUUGAUGUCAUGAGCUGGUAGGAGUUGGGAGUCCAGCAGCUAGAAAACUGUAUGUCGGUUAGAUUCUGGCCCUUGGCUCCUUUUUCAUUUCCCCUCCUCUGUAUUACAUUUCAGUUUGGUCCCGUGUGAAUCUUCUAAAUCCUGGAAAAUUUCAGCUCUGGCUUUUUGCUCUCUCUCCACGCUUAUUUUAGAACAAGGGUGCCCAAACUUGGCAACUUUAAGACUUGUGGACUUCAACUCCCAGAAUUCUGGAUCAAAGAUACAAACUUCUUUAGGUAUUAUGGAUUGCUAAAACCCAUCCAUUUUUUAGCCCUUGUGGCCUAAAAGUUGGAGAUUGUAGAAACCAUAAGUCAACAUCUAGAGAACCACAAGUUCCUUACCCCUUGUUUCCAGUUCCUUUUUUUUUUUUUUUGAAAUCUUGGGGUUAAAAUCUGAAUUUUAGACGGAUACUAAGCCCUAAAGUCGUACAAUGCAAAAACAAGCAAGAAUCUGCCCCCCCUCCUUUCCCCCUUGGUAACAACAGCCCAGCAAUAACCAGCUUCAAAUAGCAACUGUGAUGAAGUUGGGUUCCCAGGAAAAUGUGAAGCUUUCCAGGCAUUUCUGAAAUAUACAUAAGAUUCAGUUUGGAGCAAACAACUCGGGUUACAAGAGCUAAAUUUAACUAUUGCAGGGCUGGUCAAAGGUUGCUCUACCUAGACUGUACAGUUGGAGAGGGAGGUGAGUUUAAGCAGCCAACACAACUUUGUGCGGUAGCUCCCUGAAGUAGACUUUGUUUGGCUUAGAGACACAAUCUGCAUUAUUUUGUCCAUUGGCCAGAUUCCUACAGCAGACAUAUAUCUUAGAAGUCCACAAGAGAAGUCCAAGUGGUUACUCUCAGUGCCAGGAACGGUUAUCCUUGAAGCUAAGGGAAUCCAGAACAUGUUUUCAGGCAUUUUAUUUUGUUUUAAAACAAAGGAAAGAAACCCAGGAUUGUGGAACCCAGCUUAUAAAACAGGAUAAUCAGAUGCCACCCCAACAAGAUUUUUCAGACAUUUUGAGAGCCAGUUUGGUUUAGUGGUUAAAGCAUCAGGCUAGAAAGCAUAAGUCUAUGAGUUUUAGUCCCACCUUAGCUAUGAAAGCCAGCUGGCUGUCUCCAAAGUCAGGGCUCUUGGCCCAUCUCACCUCACAGGGUUGUUAUGCGGGGGGGGGGGGGAAGAAGUGUUGGAUAUGUUCGCUGCCUGGAGUUAUUUGUAAAAAUAAUAAUAAAUGCAAAUAAAUAAGUAAAUGUGGGGUACAUAUUGCAGGUUUCUUUUCAGGAAUUCCUGUUUCGCAUAGGGUCAAUAAUGGAUUUACUUAGUUCAGGGGUGUCCAACUUUUCAGAUUUGUAGAUUUUAACUUCCAGAAUUCCUUAGCCAGUAGUGCUGGCUGGGAAAUUCUGGGAGUUGAACUCCAAGGCUUAAAGUUGCCAAGCCCUGACUUAGUAGAUUUUCUUGAAAACUCACAAGAACCAUGGUCUAAAAUUUGCAAACUUUCCGACAGACCUCCUCUGAUUUGAGAAUAUGGUCAGAGUAUUUCCAGCUGGUUGAAACUUCUUAGACUGAGAUGAAAGUGCUUGAGGGGUGUGUGUGUUUAUUAUACUGUUUGGUUGAUUCUACUUCAGUUUAUUAGGAUACCUGCGCAUUUAAUGGUUGCUGCCUGUCUUGAGCUGCAGAGCAAAAACCUUAAAAAUAUCUUGCAGUCUGUGAAAAAAUCCCCAUUUCUGCAGGUUCUUAAGGUUGAGCUAUCCUCUUUUCUCUUGACACUUCAGACCUACUGAAAGAUCUGUAACCCUGACCAUCCAACGGAUAACUUUUUUUUUUUUUUUUUGCCUCUUCCUGAGGGAUGUUUGGCCCACUUGCCUUAAAAUGGUACAAUUCUGUAUGCGUGAAGCAGCGAGAACAUAAUGUCUGGAGCUUUCGCCUGAGUUGUGCCGCUACAUUUCACGUUGGUGCCAGCUUCGGUGAAAAUGAUCCCUGACGGACACCUCGCCAUCUGGUCGCCUCUUUUCCUCCUGGCCUCCUCCCAGAUUAUGUCCUCUUCUUCCUCUCCUACUUAUCACCACCCGGUAGUCUACUGAUCGGGCAGCCUCCAAAUCUCCUGAAUUCAAUCUUUUGCUCCGCAUUAAGUUAUGUUGUUUUUGUUUGUUUGUUUUUUUUAAUGUAUUUUCCUGUAUCGGCGCUGUGACUCUUGAUUCAAAGUGUUUGUUUUUAGAAAAAAAUAAAGUUGCCUUUUUCUUUACCAGA